CGGGAAACUACAAAUUGCUUCUUUUGUUUCCUCAUCAAGAAGCCGAGGAGGCUAAUAUUCUAACGCUGGGAGUCACCAACUCGUCUUGGAGAAAAGUCCGUUUGUCAUAUUAUGUUGAUUACCCAUGUCUUUGUUAUGAUGACGACUACUUUAUUUUCCUCAAUGGAGUUGUUUAUUUGUUUUGGUAUGAUUAUGUGGCCUACUUCGACUUUGGCGAAGAGAAGUUUGGGUAUAUUUCACCCCCACCACAAACUAAUUAUUUCGAGGGACUAAGCAUCAAUCAAACUUCAGUUUGGGGACAAUUGACUGUUAGGUGCACAUAUGAUAGCUUAGGACCUCAAAAGAUUUUUGGGUACGAUGAUGCUAACAAGGUUCUUAUUCCUCUUGAGAGUGGAGAACGCUUGUCAAGGCCUAUUAAGAUUUCCUUAUCCGGAACAGAGAGUAUCGCCGACAAGACAAAGGAAGCACAUGUUUUAGCAACAGCAAGUGUAAUCACUGCCCCUGCUUUUCCGCUCUCCUCCAUCUCAUUGCCUUGCCGCGUAAGAUUUGUUACGCAUAGCUACGAAUGCAUGAGUCCUGGUAUCCAGUUUAUAUUUGUUAGCAGAUUUGUUGAGAACAUCAUCCCAUUAAAUUCUUUACUAGUUUGAAUGUAGAAUUAUUAUCUAGGCUAGCAGUAUAUGUGUCUACCAAUUUAAUUAUGGUUUGUGUGCAUCUUAAAUAGUAUACAUUAUGGGGUUUUUAUUGGUACUGUUCCACGUACUGUGUUA